CGUGUGCAGCCUGCGUCACCUGACCACGGUCCAGCCUCGCAGCCUCCUCUUCCCUCAGGAUGACUGGGAGUGACGCAGGGCAGACGGAAAAAACUGGGUCUUGAAGGGAAGCAGAGCGGCAGGGAUGCUGGAAAGACUUUAGCUUUUAUUUAUUUCUCCGGUUUCAAAUCGGAUGCACGGCCUGGCUCUGAGCCCAGAGGACAUGAGAGUUACCUUCGCGCAGACUCUUCCCCGUGACUAAUCAGUAGGGAGCCAUCGCCUCGUCGUUGGGGCGGGUCAGUUUGGAUACAUUCCCAGGUGACGUUGAGUCCUGUUUUUGCACAUGGGAAACUAGCCUAGUCAUUUAUUUCUCUCACCGAACACCAAGUUCUGAGUCAGUAGGUGGGAUUUUUUUUUUUUUUUUUUUUUUUGGAACCCCUGUCUCUCCGUGAUUUCAACAAAUCUCCACCAUGAAUUACUUGCGUCGACGCCUCUCGGACAGUAAUUUCAUGUCCAACCUGCCCAAUGGUUACAUGACCGACCUCCAGCGCCCCGAGCCGCCGCCGCAGCAGCAAAGCCCCGCAGUGUCGCCCGGGCCGGCGGAGAGGCGCCAGCCCCCGGCCCAGCAGCAGCAGCCUGCAGCCGGGGGCUCCGGUUUCUUCUCCUCCAUAUCCAACGCUGUCAAGCAGACCACUGCCGCUGCGGCAGCAACCCUAUCCGAGGCGGCGGAUCGGGCUGGCGUCUCCAGUCACGGCAAGAUUCUCCUGGUGAUCGACGACCAGCAGACCGACUGGGUGAAGGUCUUCAGAGGAAGAAAGAUCCAUGGUGAAUUUGACAUCAAGGUGGAACAGGCAGAGUUCUCAGAGAUCAACCUGGUGGCCAAUGCCAGCGGCACCUACAACGUCAACAUGGAGGCCAUCAGGAAUGGGCACAAGGUUACUAAAUCCUUUAGGCCAGACUUUGUGCUGAUUAGACAGCACGCUUUCAGCAUGGACCGGAAUGGAGACCAUCGCAACAUGGUGAUCGGACUGCAGUACGCUGGACUGCCAAGUGUCAACACUCUGCACUCUGUCUAUAACUUCUGUGACAAACCAUGGGUGUUUGCUCAGAUGUCAAGACUCCACAAGCAGCUGGGCCCAGAGGAGUUCCCGCUGAUUGAGCAGAUUUACUAUCCAAAUCAUAAGGAAAUGAUCACUGCCCCUCGGUUUCCGGUCGUUGUGAAGAUGGGCCAUGCUCACUCAGGAAUGGGAAAGGUGAAAGUGGACAAUCAAUAUGACUUUCAAGAUAUCGCUAGUGUUGUGGCGCUGACCAAGACUUAUGCCACAUCCGAGCCUUUCAUUGAUGCAAAGUAUGACGUCCGCAUCCAGAAGAUUGGGAACAGCUACAAAGCUUACAUGAGGACCUCCAUUUCUGGCAACUGGAAAACCAACACCGGCUCUUCUAUGCUUGAACAGGUGGCCAUGUCAGACAAGUACAAGUUGUGGGUGGAUUCCUGCGCAGAUAUCUUUGGAGGGUUAGAUAUCUGUGCUGUAGAGGCUCUACAUGGUAAAGACGGCAAGGACUACAUUAUCGAGGUGGACGACUGUUCCAUGCCACUGAUUGGAGACCAGCAAGAUGAAGAUCGGGUUCAGAUUGCAGAACUCGUGGUUUCUAAGAUGCAAGACACUAUUCCACGAACUCCCAGCUCUUCCUCUGUCCGGGCUGCAGCAGGACAGCCGGCACAGAAAGCUACUUCUCCUCAGCCUGUCUCACAGCCGAAAGUACCACAGGCUCAACAGCGCCCCUCCCCUCAGGGUGGUCCCCAGCAAAGUCCUCCACCCCAGCAGCGCCCCCAGCCUCAGGGCCAGCCUCCUGCACCAGCUCAGCAGUCUGCUGCCAGCCCGGCUACUGCUGAGCCCAGUUCUCAGGCCAAGGCUAACGCCGGCGCCCCAGCCCAACCCCGAGCCCCAGGUCAGGGCUCUCCUCAGCGAAGCCAGGGAGGUUCCCCUCAAACGCAGAGGCAGCAGUCUUUGUCCCAGCAGCAGAAACCUUCUAGUGGGGGCCCUGGCCAGAAGACUCCUGGUGCGCAACAGCAGCAAAAACCUGCCCCACUCCCUAGACAGCAGUCACAGGGAGGGUCACAGCAGCAGAAGGUCCAGCCGAGCCGUCCCGGGCCACCAACCACCCAGCAGCCCAGACCUGCCGCCCAAGGUCAGGGUGGCCCAGGAGGACGACCCCCUCUGCAGCAGAAGCCCCAGCCCCCACAGAAGCCCAGUCAGGACAGCCCGGCUAUGGGCGGCUCUCCACAACUAAACAAAUCCCAGUCUCUUACCAAUACCUUCAACAUUCCAGAAACCCCAGCGCCCCGAGCCAGCCUUAGCCAGGACGAGGUGAAGGCUGAAACCAUACGCAAUCUACGCAAAUCUUUUGCCAGUCUCUUCUCAGACUGAGCUGGCAUCAGAUCCUCCCAUCCCUCUUUCUUCUUCCGGCUGAGAGAAAAAAAUGGACAGGCAAACUGAUGGACAGACCCCUUCUUCACCCCCAGGAAACGAGCAAGGACCAACAGAUUCUCCAUUUUAUGAGUGUGAUAUGAAAGGGUACACACUUGACACCCACUUCCCAAACAGUUACUAUCUAUUAGAGUGAACAAAAGGUAGAAUAGAGUCAGGUGAUGUGAUGUUUCAAACAUUUCCUGCCUUGCUUAAAGCUUAACCGGUUCAUCAUAUCAAACGUCACAAAAGCCUAUGUAUGUGCAUGCAACAACCAGUAACUAAAUUCAGAAACAAAGCAACACAAUCCUGCUUCCUUGUUUGUUGGUGCUGUAAAUCCGUUGUGGUAUUUGUGGUCAAAAAAAAAAUAAAUAAAUAAAAACUAAAGGACUGUACAAAUGUUAUUGGGAUGAGGAAAAUAGUAAAACAAAUGUUUCUAUUCCCAAGUAAAACCCUGUUUUAGUGACAAUUAUUACAAGUCAUACUAAAAUAAGAGUUAAAAAGUGCAUUUCCUUUUGCUGAAAAGAGCUGCCAUUUUCUUAUGGCAACAAAAUAGAACUACAAGUGGGGGUUGUGGGGGCUGUUGGCCUUCUUGUGGUGAUUAAAUGAUGUAGCAACUUAACCUAAGAGAGUAAAUUUGCUAAAGCCAAGGCAAAGAGUGUUGCUUUUUAGACCUACGCUCAGAAGCUAACAGACAGGUUUUUAGGUGUAGCAAUGGUGUAAAGGAGAGGGCAGAAAUAAAAACGAGCACAGAAGAAGCUAAAUCUCCGCCUUGUUCCUGUUUUCGUACAAGCUAACGUUAGCUCACAGUACAGCUAGCUGCUACAACAUUUUAGGGAAGUCACGUUAGGGAAGUCACGAUGUAAAACUCCCAUGAACCAGUAAUUUAAAGGUUGUUGGGAGGGUACAUAAACCACCCCUUACUCGCACCCAGACAAUAAACGUACAGUAAACAUUGAGCCUGCACUAAUAACAUAAAAUGUUAUAAAUACUAAAAUUAACUUGCUUAGAAAUAUAGCUAAAACAAUGUGAUAAGAAUGAUAAAACGUCCCACCAUUGCAUAAAAUACCGCAGUAAAAAACAUAUGAACAUUAACGAAUUAAAAGAGACUUAUCAUUCAGAAGACUGAAGUCAAAUGGCAUAAAAUAGUUUUUACAUAUUUACUCUUCAUCUUGAGUGAAUGGAUCUUCUGUCAGAUAGAAGCAGCUACAAGUGUGAAUAUGGAGAGGGUAGAAUUCAACACAAAUAUCAAGGUACGUAUUAAAUUGUGGUUAAAAAUGCAAAAAAUAUUUAUCUUUCUGUUUUUGUGUUUACAAAUUUUUUUAAUGGGAUGCCAGAGAGUGACCAAAGUUUUCUCCUAAUGCUUGCAUUAAGCCUAUAAAGUAGCAAAACCCUACACCUUCUCCAUUUCGUAGCUAUUGCUGCGUCCUUCUGGUCGCUCAUAUAGUUUUCACAAUUUCAUUUUUGAUUUUUCAGUAUUUUAUUCCGUUUUUGAUUAAUUUGUGCUUUUCUGCAUUAAAUAAAAGAGAUCAUCAUUUCAUGUUUUGUUAUACAAUUUCUGGUAAUUGGGUGCUACUAUGAAUCCAUUAUAUUUUAACUAAGGAUGUCAUAUCAUGAAAAGUCUUUAUACAAACCCAUGCUUAGCUGCGAUUUUGUUAAUGAUAGGAUUAUUAUUCUGCUAUGUUUUUUUAUUUUGACCAUAUACUUAAUAUGGUGUGUGUGUUCAACAUCAUUCAUUCAUAAGUUUUAGAUAUUAGUGUUUGUGAGGAUAGAUAGCUGUCACAUAAAUGUCCUAUAGUAAUGAAUAAAACCCUGCCAGAGUAGAAUGAGAACUCUGUGAAAACUAAAGUAAUAUAAAGGAUAUCAUAUUAUGCAACAUGAGCAUUACUAAUAAGUCAAAUAAACAGAACAAUAAUGGCAAUACAAAAAGCAUCAACAACAAAUAUGUUGCUUUAUCUCUUGCUAAUACGGCAAUACCUUUUAUGUUACUUUUAAAGCAUGGAUACACUCUGACCAUUACCAUUUUUGUUAUUUGCUUUGAUUUCUAAAAUCUUAAGAUCCCCCACUCGUUUGUGUGAGUACCACAGUAAGGUCCUGGCUCAAUUUUUGGGAUGUCCUGCUUCUGAAGAACACAUUCUCAUAACUCCCCCAAAAGUUGCUAUCUCAUGCACUUGUGUUAAUGUCAGUAGUUGAAUUUUAGGCUCAAUCACCAGCAUGUAGCUAAAUGUUUUUGAUUGAAGAAAAAAAACUUUGAUCUUUUGAUGGUUUAAGUGAAACUUAAAACAAGGACAGAUGCAAAUCCUAUCUAAAUAAUGCGAGAAUUUGCCACUGAAAAAAAAUUCCGAAUCUCACCACCAUCUGCCUCAAUAAUUUUUGUACAGUCCACUUCCACAGCUCCCCACAGUGUUCGCAAACACUAUGGAUGUGUUCGAGCCAUUUUUGACUGCUCGCGGUGAUGUCUUAGCUGCAUGUCAAUAGGAGGCAACUGUUGCAGUCCCCAGCAUCUCACUUCGGCGCUUGUAACUGUGUUGUCACAUGUAGUGGAUUAGUCAGUAACGCAGCUUUUGUAGGUGUCGUGAGUAUGUCGUCACUCUCACUUUUCUUCCAUUAACGUUCGCUGCACACGAAUAAAAACGCUCUCCACCUUAAGACAAGAAGAAGAAAGAAAGCACGCCUUAGACAAACAAGAACGUCAGAUCAAAUGGAGCGGUCUCAGGGAUGUCCACUUGAUUGUGACACUUGUGUGUGGCUGAGGGUCUUCCAUUUCCAGGCAUAACGCGGCUGUUUACAGAGGAGGAGGAACAUGCAUGCUUUUUUUUUUCUGUGAAGUGAAACGUUUUGUUUUUUGCACACAUUUACUGCAAAAUCUUACUUGAAACCAAUGUCAUGCACAAAUGUACGAAGUUUGCAUUUUCAGGUUUACUUAUGGGGCACUUGAAGCAACAGCUCACUAUUCUCUCUCUGAGGUGGUGCCGAGCUGCAGAGGGGAGCAGCACAGACAGGGACAGCGUGGUGGAAAGCAGUCAACAGGUUUUUACGUUAAGUCUGGCUGACUGCAGGGCUUAUAGGGGUCUUGCGUUUCCCUCCAAACUUGAGUCUGUUUUUAUAAAUCCUAACAGCUGCUUCCAACACUGCUUUCUAUUGUUUCGUGGGAGCACACCCUCAUACUCAGCCAAGGAACGCUGCAUACAUAUUAUGAGAUUCAGCUAUACAAUAAUAAAAGCGAAACCACGCAAUGAAGGAUGCUUCUCUGUAGACGUUUUAACACACGCUCUGCAGAAGCUCUCUCUGAUCACUAUGGAAAUCCAAGUUGUUUGUGAAAACCGAUUCUUUUUCCAGAAGCUAUACACGUCUUCCAGAAAUAGUGCAUUGCGUUUAAUCUUCAUGUAAAGCUGCCGUAUCCUGCUUUUUAGAGACGAAAUGAUUAAGCCAAGAAAAUGAACAAGUCCCGAGUCCCCUGCAGAUUCUCCUCCACUGUGUCUAUGCUUAUUGUUCGUGUAGCCACAGUGACCCCUUGUGCUCGACAGUGCAUAAACGUGCGAAUGUCCAAACCAGCUAGAAAUGUGCUGUAAAGAGCUCGGAGCGAAGCAGAAUGUCACCUCUACUCCCCCUGCUGCUAUUCGUGCUUGUUGAUGUUAGGUGUGCCGGCAAAUUGUUCAGUUUUUAUUUUCAAAGUGUUUAAGUAGCUCUUUUCCUUGUUUUUGGCAUUGCUUUUGUAAAAUCGACGAGGUUCCAUUGUAUGGAGCUUGCAAUGUUGUGCAUUAAUUGAUUCAGGGUAUCAUUUUUAAAUUUCAAAACUCAGUAUCGGUGCAUUUUGGUGUCUGAUUUAUUGCAGUUUAUUUGGAAAAUCAGCAAUACGUAAAAGUAAGCCAUCACAUUUAGCAUGGAUGUUUACUCAAAAAGAAAAAAAAACACACAUACACACCCUCAGAGGCCUCCACGCCAUUCUGGGACAUAAAACAUGCCGAUGCCAAGAAGUUUUGUUUCCUUUAGGUUGUGGGUAUUCACCAUUCUAUUAUUUACUGUGGCUAUAUUUGACAGUGAAUGUAAUUUCUUUUUCUUUUCAUACAGAUGAUUUUAUUGUUUACCUACUGCACUGUAUAAUCAUUGUGAAGAUGUAAAAUCAUUACGAACUUGUGAAUGGGUGAAAACAGUCAGUUGAUGCCUGCCAUAUUUAAAUUGUUACACCCUAAAUGUGAAAAAGUGCUAACGUCUGAGGUUUCUCGUCAUCAAAGACAAGACGGUGCAUCGUAUAAUUCAUGGUGGAUUAUUGAAUUAAGUGUAAAAAGAAAAUAGAUGUUAUAUGCAAUAUAGCUAUAUUAUGUGGAAAAAAAUUAUGUUAUUGAAAUAUGGACAUGUUCAAUAAAGUCUAUGACCAAAUAUGAA